AUGGGGACCGUGUCCUAUUCUACGCAAGUCAUGAUCCCAAGUGACGGCAAAGCUUUCUCUGCACCGUGUGGGCUGCUAACACUACUCAACACCAAGAUUGUCUCGUCCGCCCUUCUCACGUUUGCGGUCGGCCCUGGCAGGAAAGAGUUUACCAUACAUUUUGCCCUCGUCGCCGCCCAGUCGCGUUCUCUCGGAAGGCUCGUCAACGGACACAUGCUGGAAGCAUCCGAGUGCCGCGUCGAAUGGUCCGGGACCGACGAGACUACGUUUGUGCACUUCUCCCAGUUUGCCUACACGGGAGACUACAACGGCCCAGAAUGGUAUACGAACGCUCUCCCCAAAUAUGAGCAGCAAGCGGCCGCAGACGAUGAUGGUGGCUGGGAAACACCGGGGCCAACGCCGGAAAAGAACGGAGAAUCACCGAAGCUGGCCGUGGCCGACGAACCGUAUUCGGUUGCUGCCCCGCUGCUUCCGAGGUGGUUCACGGAGCAGUGCCCUGGUGGUUUCUGCAAUCAUGACGCUGUGAGUUGGAUUGAUGGUUUUGACGUUUUCAUCGUUCACGCCCAAGUGUAUUUGUUUGCAGACUACCACGGCAUUGCGCCGUUGCAAACGCUCGCUCUGUGCAAGCUGCACCGCAUCCUCGUGCACUUUCUGCUGAACCACGACAGCAUCGGGCGAAUUGUUUGGCUCGUACGAUACAUAUACGACAACACCCCGCCGGAUCCGAAAGAUCGGCUGCGGUCCAUGGUGAGCUUGUACGCCGCUUGUACAUUUUUUCAAUUCAAGGAUAACAAAGACGUUGAUUUGCUCAUGCGGACGGUCGGCGAUUUUGUAGGUGAUGUCUUCCAACAGACGAUUGCAUAG